GAAUAACUUCAUAUUCAUAUUUUUUAAGGAAGAAACGUCUUAAGCUUAUAUAAAUCUCAAUAAAUUUUGACAGUUGCUUAUCUUCUUUGCAACUAAUGACAUUAUUUCUUAAUUUUUAAUUAUGUGGGUAGAUAAUUCAUAUAACAUAAUUAAUUAUAUCAUAUAAAUAUAUAUUUAAUUAAGUAAAAAACUAUUAUAAAAUGUAAUUAAUUCUUUUAAAUAAAAAAUAUGACAACGUAAUAAUAAAAAACUGAUAUUAUUCAUUAUGGAUGAUAAUUUAUUUACAUAUUCAUGUUUUUGAAAUAUUUUAAAUCUUUUGAAUUGUUGAGAUUAGCAACUUUAUAAUAACUACAUAAUGGCCUCUGCUAUGGAACAGCAACAACAACAACAAACUACUUUAGAAUUUUAUCAGGCAAUGGCUGAUUUUAAAAACAUGUUUCCACAAAUGGAUGAUGAUGUGAUUGAGGCUGUAUUAAGAUCUAAUCAAGGAGCUGUAGAUACAACAAUUGAUCAGUUACUUACUAUGAGUACAGAUAAUGAAAAUGAAAAAAUUAGAAGUGAAUUAGAGCAAAAUGAAAAAUCACCAAGUACUUCUAAAUCACAUAAAAUAGAUUCAACAAUAUCUUCAAAAAGUAUACGUAAGUGGCAACCUGCUUUAUUAGGACCAUUGCCAGAUACAUUUCUUCGACUUCCUCAAGUUUCUGAAGAUAGUUUAGAUUCCUCAUAUUUACAAGAAAAUUCAAUGAUAGAAGAUGAAAGAAUUGCUAUUCUUCAAAAUGAAGAAUUUAUGGCUGAAUUACGUUGGAAUGAAGACUUUCUGUCAACUUUAGAAAAUGAUACAAAAAUUCAAGGAACAACUCUUGAAAAAUGUGAUAAUCAAAUUGGCCAUGAUGAUGAAGAUCUUUUUAAAGAAAGACUAAAAAAUAUGGGCAAAAUGUCUCGACGUAAGUUUGCACAACUUACUAAGGUAUUUACACGCAGUAAAAAACGAGGAGGUAGACAGUUAUUGCCUCCAACAGCUUCCUGUGACGAUUUAUUAGAUUCAGAAGAAUCAUCUAGAUUUCAAUCUUAGAAAUUAGAAUACUUUUCUUAAUUUGUCAGGAAAAACAAUUACAAACAAUUUCAAUUGAUACUUACAGCAAUUUAUCCAGUUCAGAAGCAAAAAAAAAAAGCAUAUC